GAGUUUAUGGUCAUAUAGUUACACCAUACAGUAGAUAGACUGUGAUUUUUCUUUCGAGAAUAUUGCGAGGGUUAGAAGUCUGACCUUCUAGAGUACAGCUUAGGUACUUAUUUUCGCAAAAAAAAAAUACAUAGAUAGCGAACACCGCAGGGAUCAUAUAGGCGGCAUUGGAGCCCCUCUUAUACCCUAAUCACAUCGGUAAAAAUGCUUAGAAAGACACUAGGGUUCUGCUUUAGAGGCGUGAUUGGGCAACCAUCGCCUCUUUUACUAGGCAACAAGGGAGGGACACCGAAACGCAAGAAAAAUCCUAUGCAGCUCCGUCGGAAGGUGUAUGGGAUUCACUUUAAGGAGCGUUAUAUGAAGCUAGAGGAGUGGUAUUAUUGCCCGUUAUGUGCGGAGCCCAAAAGGCAAGGGGAGUGGUGCCGUCGCGAAGCGUGUCGACAAAUAAAACCAUAAAGUGCGGGUGUGAGGUCGAAGAGAUAGCCGAGACGAGCAUAGGAAUGUUCUCUUAGAAUUCUCAAUUCAAUUGACGCAAAAGUAAUUUUCUUAUCACACACUUACUUCAAUUGCCUUCUUCCUCUUGUCUGGAUGUAUUUCGGUAUUUAUAUCGAUAUAUACAAUAGUAGACCCUUUGUGUAAGGUGACCGUGACAUGCCAAAGCGGCAUUAGUGAUUUUUCGAUUAAAAAGUCAUUAUCAACAUCACAAAA